AUGGGUCUGUGCAAGUCCAAGCUGCCCCAGAUGGGCAGGCCCCAGGAGAAGGGUAAUAUCGCGGGGGUGGCUGGCUUACUGGGGGGAAUGGAAGGAGACUGUGCAGGGCAGGAGAGUACAGGCACCAACCCCUCUCCCUCCUUCUUGCCUGGGCACUGCAGACAUCCUCAAGUCCCCCCGAUCAUCUUCGUGAUGGGCGGCCCAGGCUGUGGCAAAGAGACACAGUGCAAGAACAUGGCGACCAAAUACGGCUUCUGCCACGUGGGGCUGGGCCAGCUGCUGUGGCAGGAGGCCCAACAAGGCACCCAGCGGGGCCAGAAGAUCCAUGACAUCAUGCUGCAGGGGCUCCUGGUGCCCACAGGUGUCAUCCUUGAUAUGAUCAGCGGCCACAUGCUGUCCUGCCCGGACAGCCAGGGCUUCCUCAUUGACGGCUUCCCCCAGGAGCUGAGGCAAGCCAAGGAGUUUGAGCACAUUGUGAGUGACCCCAACGCCUGCGAGGGUUAUAAGGUGGGCCGGGCCCCCAACCUCGUCAUUGUGUUUGACUGCUCCGUGGAAGCAAUGGUCCAGAGAGAGCUGCGCCGGGGCCAGGUGGAGUGCCGGGCCGAUGACUGCAAGCUGGCCAUCCGCCAGUGCCUGGAGGUGCACUACACCCUGUGUCAGCCCAUCCUGGCCUUCUACCAGCAGAACUCCGGGCCUCAGUUUCCCCAGUAUACAUGCUGA